AUGUCAGUCCAGAGGUUCGACGUCUGGGCGAGCAAACAUGUCGAAUACUGCCAACUGCACAUGCUGAAGGAUGCCGUCAUUGGCGUUGAUGCCUCGUAUUAUCUCAACCUGCGCCUCAAUGGGAACAACGAAGAGCCUCUCAAGCACGCCCUCGGCGGACAACCCUUCACCUUCAAGAGAACGAUAGAGGAAGACAUUGCGUUUCUGCGCCAAAACGGCAUCAACCUCAUCUUCGUCUUCGACGGUUUGGACUACGUCAACAAGAACCUGCGCACUGCACAACUGGCUGCCAGCAGGAGAGUGCAGGAUGAUGCCUGGCACGCCUAUCUCAAUGGGGACAGCAAGCGGACCGUGACCGACUUUGGGAAAGCCACAUACGAUGUUGACACCACGGCCAGAGGGCUGCAGAAGCUGCUGGCUGAGAACGGCGUGGAAUACAUGGUUGCGCCGUACAGUGCGACGGCACAGUUGUCAUAUCUGCUCGCGUUGGAAGACCAGUUCAUCGAUGCUGUCAUGGGCAGUACAGAGUGCUUCCUCUUUGGCAUGGACCGUGUGGUAACGGACUUCAACCGAAAUGACUCGACCCUGAGCCUGGUCAGCCGUGCUACGUGCGAGGGGAUCCUGAAAGCCGACAGAGAUUUGCUUCGAGACGCUCAAAUCUUGCUUGGAACGUCCUUUACGCCUACAUUUCCCAUCCUUGAAGCCAUGGCUACUACAAAAUCGACGGGUGUCGUUGAUGCUAUUGCCAUGCUCAAGGGUUUUGGCAACAGUGUCAUGCAACUCUGCAAUUAUCACCGCGAAAACCCUCAGGUACAAAAUCUCAAGUAUGCUGAUCGCUACAAAAAAGCCAUCAUGACCAUCAGGCAUCAUGUUGUUAUGGACAAGGCGGGCGUGGUGGCUCCGCUCCACUUCGACGAAGCUCCUGGCGACGUCCACGAAUUUGUCGGACAACGUCUUCCUGAAGAACUGUUCUUCUACCUGUCAAAAGGCAUGCUGGCUCCCGAGAUACCAAAUUGGCUCACCUCGGGCGAAAUUGUGCUGUCGCUGCCUGGAGGUGUGCUGGACUCGGAGCCUUAUAGGAGACUGGUCAUUGAGUUGCUCAACCCUUUUCGGAGCGAAGCCCUCAAAAUCUUGGCCGAGUCUCUGCACUACUACUAUCAAUCCAGGGUUAUCAAGGUAACCCCGUGGGUCAACCAGGAUACCAGCAAUUUGACCAUCGAGAUCCGCUAUGUCCCAGCCAUGAAGCAGAAAUUGGCCCAAUGGAAAGUUCGAGGCGCCCAGAUUGAAUCCGUCGUCGGCAAAGGCGAGGACGCUAGCUUGUUCCUGCCCUGCCUGCGAUCUCUCAAGGAUGCGGCCUUCGCCAAAGAGACCAUUACCAAAGACAGGGUCGAACACCCGGCUCUUCGAACAGCCGACGAGGUGGUGGCGAAUGCCAUCUUUCGGUAUCUACAAGUUCGCGGCUACGUCGACGACCAGCACAACUUGACCACCUGGGGCAAAGCUUUGGAAGCUGCACUGGAAGUUGCUGAUGAAGAAUACACCAUUGUCGGCAUAGAGAUGCUGAGAAUGGGGCUCUUCACUGGCAACUUCGCCUCUGGAGACCCGGUGUCCAAGACUGACAAAGACCACGAUCGGAAGGUCAACACCAACCUCAUUUCCAAGAUUGCGUGUUUGAGUAGGAUUCAGCACAAAUCUAUGGGCUUUGUUGGGCCUCUUGAUAGGCAGCUAUUGACAUUCGCUUGGAAGAUCACCGCGGUUCGCACUACUCUUCGAGAUCUCUUGGAGACAAUCCUGACGAGUAUGUUCCUCAAUGGUGACGUUGAUCGCGACCGCGAAGAUUGGAUCACCCUCGUUCAGAAACUGCCCUUUGCCAGCGACAACGGGUCGGGAAACGGUAUCGCUGUCAAGACUUACCUGGAUGCGGUCAACGAGGAGCCAGAGGUUACUGAGGCUUUGAAGGCCAGCAUCAAACAGCAAGAGGGGAAAUACAACUGGUUCGCACAGCUUCGAGGUAGCGGAACGUUGACAAAGAGUCUCGACCGAGCCUGGAAGGUUUGGGACGCCCUCUAUGCCGCGACUCAAGUGCCAGGUACAGAGGUAAAGGAAGCCAAGCUCUUCUCUGAGGUCAACGAGUGGCUUUUUUCUCGACGAUGA